CCACGUGGUUUGAGCGUGUCUCCAUGCUGGCUAUUCUUCUGAACUGUGUGACGUUGGGAAUGUUCCAGCCCUGUGACGACGUUCACUGUCUCAACAACCGUUGCUCUUUCCUACAGGCUCUGGAUGACGGUAUCUUUGUGUUCUUUGCGGUGGAGAUGCUGGUGAAGAUGGUGGCUCUGGGUGUUCUAGGUCAGAAGGGUUACCUUGGCGACACCUGGAACAGACUGGACUUCUUCAUCGUUAUCAUCGGGAUGUUGGAGUAUUCUCUAGACGGACACAACGUCAGCCUAUCAGCCAUCAGGACUGUCAGGGUGCUCCGCCCACUACGAGCCAUCAACAGAGUACCCAGUAUGCGUAUCCUGGUGACUCUGCUCCUAGACACUCUCCCCAUGCUGGGGAACGUUCUGGCACUCUGUUUCUUCGUCUUCUUCAUCUUCGGCAUCGUUGGCGUGCAGCUGUGGGCGGGGCUACUGAGGAACAGGUGCUUCAUGGGAGAAGACUUCAAAACGAUAUACAACGUCUCCUUCCUGACUGUGUACUAUCGUCCCGAGGAGACGGAGGACAUCCCUUUUAUCUGCUCAACCAAUCGGGAGAACGGAAUGCUGCGGUGUUCCGACGUUCCGCGCCGCCGAGUGGACGGGUCCUGGUGCAUGCUGGGGGCAGAAGGGGUAGGGGAGGGGCCUGUGGCAGAUGGACCAAUAGGAGGCGGGUGUGUGAACUGGUACCAGUAUUAUAAUGUCUGUCGGGCUGGGGAGCGAAACCCUCAUAAAGGAGCCAUCAACUUUGACAACAUCGGAUACGCCUGGAUUGCUAUCUUUCAGGUGAUAACUCUGGAAGGCUGGGUGGACAUCAUGUACUAUGUAAUGGAUGCUCACUCCUUCUACAACUUCAUCUACUUUAUAUUCCUCAUCAUCGUGGGCUCGUUCUUCAUGCUGAACCUGUGCCUGGUCGUCAUAGCGACCCAGUUCUCAGAGACAAAGCAGCGCGAGAACGCCCUGAUGAGGUCGGAGCAGCGUGCCCGUUACCUCAGCAACGCCUCCACUCUGGCUUCCUAUCAGGAGCCGGGGUCCUGCUACGAGGAAAUACUGCGCUACAUCGGACACCUGUACCGCAAACUGACCCGCAGAGUCGCCCGGGCCGUCACACACUGCUCUACACACACACCUCGCUGUACUUGUUGGACACGCACACACCAACACACACCCAAAGGAGAGGUGAACGGACUGGCCAAUCGGCACUCGGGACACACCCAUGGCGUCUUCCACCUUCGUCCUCCUCCUCUUCCUCGUCCAUCUAACUGUGUGGGGGUGGAGAUGAGUAACGGGGGAGUAGGGAGGAAGGGCAGGGAGUUAAACUACCCCUCUAUCUACCCCCACGACCUCUACGACCUGACCCCCGACCCCAGCUACAUGACCUCCAGGGGGAGGGGCCACACCGUCACACUGGUGUUAGAGCACGAUAAGAAGGCAGAGCACAGGGAGUCGUUGCCGUGCCCCUACUGCGUCCACGACGACCAGCUUUGUGACAACGACCAUGCCGAUUUUGAACCUAGCAACCAGGGCCAUGGCAACCUGAGCCCUCGCCGCGUUAACAGCCUUCGGCGUGUAGAUGGACAGGCCUUGAGGCCAAUCAGAGACCUAGUUGGGUGGUGGGCGGAGCUACAGGCCAGGUUGGAGCAUGUGGUGAGCAGUAGAUACUUCAACAGAGGGAUCAUGAUCUCCAUCCUCAUCAACACUCUCAGUAUGGGGAUAGAGUUCCACCAACAGCCCCAGGAGCUGACUGACAUCCUAGAGAUCAGUAAUCUAGUGUUCACCAGUCUCUUCAGUCUGGAGAUGCUGCUGAAGCUGCUGGCCUUCGGACUCUUCGGCUAUAUAAAGAACCCGUACAACGGCUUUGACAGCGUCAUCGUCAUCAUCAGUGUAUGGGAGAUCAUUGGGCAGGCGGACGGCGGUCUGUCAGUCCUGCGUACGUUCCGUCUGCUGCGGGUCCUAAAGCUGGUCAGGUUCCUGCCCGCCCUGCGCAGACAGCUGGUGGUUCUGAUGAAGACUAUGGACAACGUAGCCACCUUCUGCAUGCUGCUCAUGCUCUUCAUCUUCAUAUUCAGUAUCCUAGGCAUGCAUCUGUUUGGCUGUAAGUUUGGUCUGAAGCUGGACAGUGGAGACACGCUACCUGACAGGAAGAACUUUGACUCGCUCCUCUGGGCUAUCGUUACUGUGUUCCAGAUUCUGACUCAGGAGGACUGGAAUCUGGUCCUGUAUAACGGUAUGGCCUCCACCUCUCCUCUCGCUGCUCUCUACUUUGUGGCUCUGAUGACCUUUGGGAACUACGUCCUCUUCAACCUGCUGGUGGCCAUCUUGGUGGAGGGCUUUCAGGCGGAGGGUGAUGCUAACAGGUCAGAGUCCGACGAUGAGAAACUGUCGACCUUAGAAGAGGAGGAGAAGAUGAAGGAGCUGUAUUCAGCAGAGUUGAAGCUCCAGGCGAUGAUGUUGACUCCUAAUGGCCUUCUGAAUCCCCGAGCCUCCAUGCCCCUCCCACCCACACAGUCACCGUGGCAACAACCGCCGCCACCAUCCCCACGGCAACGCCCGCCACUCAUCCUGCACACAUUGGCCACGCCCACAACUUGCGACAGCCAAUCACGACGGGGCAGCGCCGUCUCUACGGAUACAAGCAACACCCUGGACCCCAGGUCGCCGUCUCCAUGGGACAGCCGACGCGCCAGCUGGUCUUCUAUUGGCCGAGGUCCCAGCCUACAGCAGCGGAGGAGUCAAUCAAGUGAGAGGGAUUCUCUGCUGUCAGAUGGGGCGGGGUCAGAAUGGUCCAAUCCCAGCUGGGGGUGGAGCAGGGAGGAGUCUUUCGACCUCCUGGACCAAUCAGAGUAUCUGACCGUGCCGAUGCUCCGCCCACCUGACUGUAACGGGAAGACCUUUCACCUCCCUGACGCCGGGACCCUACGUUACUAUAGCGACCACGAGGAGGAGGAGGAGGACGCUGAGGAGAGUGUGUGUUUGCGGGUGAAGCUGGUCCUGGAGCCCUAUAAACCCCAGUGGUGUAGAGAUCAUGAGGACUGGGCUCUCUACCUGUUCUCCCCAUGUAACAGGUUUCGUCAGUGGUGUCAGAGAGUGAUAACUCACAAGAUGUUUGAUCACAUAAUCCUCCUUUUCAUCUUCCUCAACUGCAUCACCAUCGCUCUGGAGAGACCAGACAUACAGACACACAGUACAGAGAGAGUGUUCCUCAGUGUGUCCAACCAUAUCUUCACUGUGAUCUUCAUAGCAGAGAUGACCGUUAAGGUGGUAGCCCAGGGUCUGUACUCAGGUGAAGCAGUCUAUCUGAAGAGCAGCUGGAAUGUUCUGGAUGGACUGUUGGUGUUUGUAUCUCUGCUGGACAUUCUGGUUUCCAUAGCAUCCGCCGGCGGUAACCGUAUCCUAGGAAUCCUCAGAGUGCUGCGACUCCUGCGUACCCUUCGACCCCUCAGGGUGAUCAGUCGAGCCCCAGGUCUGAAGCUGGUAGUAGAGACUCUGAUCACGUCUCUGAGACCCAUCGGAAACAUCGUCCUCAUCUGCUGCGGCUUCUUCAUCGUUUUUGGAAUACUGGGAGUACAGCUUUUCAAGGGUAAGUUCUUCCACUGUGAGGGGGCGGACGUGAGGAACGUGACCAAUAGGACUGACUGUCUCCGUGCCGGCUACCGGUGGACACGACGCAAAUACAACUUCGAUAACCUGGGACAGGCGUUGAUGUCUCUGUUUGUCCUGUCCUCUAAAGACGGGUGGGUCAGCAUCAUGUAUGACGGACUGGACGCCGUUGGGGUAGACCAGCAGCCGGUGAGGAAUCACAACCCGUGGAUGCUCCUGUUCUUCAUCUCCUUCCUCCUCAUCGUCAGUUUCUUCGUCCUCAACAUGUUCGUGGGCGUCGUCGUGGAGAACUUCCACAAGUGUCGUCAGGACCAGGAGGAAGAGGAGGCCAAGGCCCGGGAGGAGAAGAGAGCCAAGAGAGCAGAGAAGAGGAGGCGGAAGGCCCAGGAGAGGCCCUACUAUGCAGACUACUCCCCGGUGCGUCUCACCAUCCACACGUUGUGCACCAGCCACUACCUGGACCUCUUCAUCACCAUCAUCAUCGCUACCAACGUCCUCACCAUGAGCAUGGAGCACUACAACCAGCCGCAGUAUCUGGAGGAGGGGUUGAAGUAUUGUAACUACGUCUUCACUCUCGUGUUCGUUAUCGAGACGGUCCUCAAACUCAUCGCCUUCGGGCUGAGACGCUUCUUCAAGGAGAGGUGGAACCAGCUGGACCUGGCCAUAGUGUUGUUGUCCGUCAUGGGCAUCACUCUGGAGGAGAUUGACCUCAACGCAUCACUGCCCAUCAACCCCACCAUCAUACGCAUAAUGAGAGUACUGAGGAUCGCUAGAGUGUUGAAGCUGUUGAAGAUGGCAACAGGGAUGAGAGCUCUACUAGACACUGUGGUUCAGGCCCUGCCUCAGGUGGGGAAUCUGGGUCUGCUCUUCAUGUUGCUGUUCUUCAUCUAUGCAGCACUGGGAGUGGAGCUGUUUGGGAAACUGGAGUGUUCCGAGGAGAACCCGUGUGAGGGUCUGAGUCGUCACGCCACGUUCCAGAACUUUGGCAUGGCGUUCCUCACCUUGUUCCGCGUUUCCACCGGUGACAACUGGAAUGGAAUUAUGAAGGACACGCUGCGGGACUGUCGUCCAGAGGACCGCUCCUGUCUGUCCUACCUUCCUCUGGUUUCUCCGGUCUACUUCGUGACCUUCGUCCUGACGGCCCAGUUCGUGCUGGUCAACGUGGUGGUGGCGGUGUUGAUGAAACACCUGGAGGAGAGCAACAAGGAGGCACAGGAGGAGGCAGAGGAGGAGGCCAAGGAGGAGGAGGCGCGUCAGGAGGAGGCCAGGCAACAGGAGGCCAGGCAAGAGGAGGCGCGACAGGAGGCCAUCUGUCCCUUUAGCAACGCCACAGUGGGCGGCGUGGAAUCAUCUGGACAGGUUGUGGAAGAAGAGCGUUGUCGUGGUAGCCUGCUGACCGCGGGCCGGCCGUCUCUGUCUCGUAUGAUGUCUCUGCCUAGCGACAGCUACAUGCUCCGCCCCCUACAGCCUCUCGGACACACCCGCUACCCUCCCAUUGGCCACGACACCUACAAGGGAUGCGGUUUCUCAGGUUCUGUCUACUCCAUGGGUUCUAGCGGAGCAGGAUCCCUACUGCAGGUCCCGGGGGCGUUACCGUCUGGAAGCCACGCAUCCCUCAGCUCCAGGGGCUCCAGCUGCAGACCCACAGUCAGGCUCAACCCCUCCCACAGCGUAGACAGACACUCCCUCUCCAUGGCGAGACACACCCCCAGGAGGCCUGGCCACGUUGACAGCAGACGGGCCUCUUAUAUACAUAGUCCAUCCCACAGUAUGGACACACAUAGUUACAGACUCAGCCCUGCUCAGAGCAUCGACAGAGACUCCUCCCGUUACCUCGAUAGACGGGCCUCUUAUAUCCACAGCACCUCCCACAGCAUGGACAGUAGACACACCCCUUAUUUCCACAGCCCCUCCUACAGCAUGGACAGUAGACACACCCCUCGUAUGGAUAGACACACCCGUUAUAUCCACAGCCCCUCCCACAGCAUGGACAGUAGACACACCCCUCAUAUGGAUAGACACACCCCUUAUAUCCACAGCCCAUCCCACAGCAUGGACAGUAGACACACCCUUUAUAUCCACAGCCCCUCCCACAGCAUGGACAGUAGACACACCCCUUAUGUCAGUAGCCCCGCACACAGCAUCAAUAGACACACCCCUCAUAACAAUAGACACACCUCUUAUAUGAGUAGCCCAUCCCACAGCAUGGACAGACAGCCGGGACCCAGCUCCUCCCUCAGUGCGAGAAGACAGCUGAGGAGACAGGAGGCGGUGCGUUGUGACUCUGAGGACCUGAGCUGCAGUUCCACCGACGAUCUGCGGGGGAGCUCUGUCGAAAGCACCCACCUCACCGUACCCAGCAUGCACCUCUCACCGCUACCCAGCCUGCCCCCUGGUGGUAACACACACCUGGACGUACACCACCCCUCCUCGCCGUCCCGUGCCCCCCGAGGACGCACCUCCAGCGCACACACACUCCGCCACACACACACCGUACACACACUGCGUCACACACACAGUCAGAGGGUUAUAUCUACCAGAGGACACAGUAGGAGCCACAGUGAUAGUGGGCCCCAGCGGCCCCCCAGCCCUCAGAUCUCCACCCCUCAGACAACAGACAACCCACAGACACCCCAGAGACCUGAGAUACCCCAGACCCCAGGUCCCAGCCUCACCAUCUCUCUCUGCUCUAGAGGUCCCAGCCUGUCCCUCUCCUCCCCCUCCACACCCUCAAUCCCCAGCCCCAACCUCACCAUCUCUACUCCCUCCACUCCCCAGAGCCCUCAGACCAGCUUUGGCCCAAAGCAGAGUCCCAGUUCCAGCCCUGCCUUCAGCCGUGAUCCAUUUCCCCUGAGCCUCGGUUCCAGUCCUAGCCGUCUCCCCACUUCCUUUCCAGAUGAGACUGAUGAUGAAGUCUGUUGCAUCACACACCACGCGUCCAGCCCCUCACACACACCUGAACACACACACCACACGUCCAGCCCCCCACACACACCCUGCUCUCCCCACACCUCCCUCCACGCCUGCCUCUCAUUUGAAGAGGACCAGAGGAACCUAUGUCUCAGCAGCCAAUCGGCGUCUCCCGUUCGAGAGUGGACCAGGAAGCAGAGGAUGAGCCCGCCCUGCAUCUCCGUAGCCCCACCUGCUGAAGCCCAGGUUUCCACGGUGACCCAGUCGACGGACAGCAGCAUGCAUCUGAGGAGGCGGACCCUGUCGGUUGACUCCGCCUCUCAGAGAAACUCAUUGGACACGAACCCAGCGGAGACACGCCUUUCUGUCCCCUUUCUCCAAUUGGACUCCAGCUUUAUAAGCAUCACGGUGGAUUCUGACCAAUCAGGAUGCUCGUUAUUGACGGACAGCGAAUCAACCGUUGAGGGGGAAGGUGAGGGGAGAGAAGGGGGAGGAGCUCGGAACUCUCAGUCUCUGCUGGGAUUGGUUCCCAACCCUCUCAGAAGGAGGAGCUUAGUGCGCAUGCUCAGCACACGGGAAGGAGAGGAAGAGGAGACUCAACCCUGACCUCUGACCUCUAAGAAAUAGUUUCCUUUCUCCAACCAUCCUCCUAGAGAGACUCUGGUGAGGCAGCAGGGUUUUAGUCCAGCCCUGUUGGAACAGGUCUGAUUCAGCCAAUCAGCUGUUGAUAAGGACAACCCUGACCUCUGACCCCUAACCCCUAACCCCCCAGAAAGACUGCUGUGCUGUAGCCCCCCCCC